UCAGUGGCGGCCGUGGUGGCGUCGUUCAUGGAUGAAGAGCCGAGGGAGUGGGUGGCCCAAGUCGAGCCUGGCGUUCUCAUUACCUUUUUCCCUUUACCCCAAGGCGGGAACGACCUCAAGAGGAUCCGCUUCAGCCGAGAGAUGUUCAACAAAAGGCAAGCCCAACAAUGGUGGGGUGAGAACUAUGACAAGGUCAUGGAGCUCUAUAAUGUGCAGGGGUUUAACCGCCAGGUUGUUGCUCUUCCAACUCCUCCCCACUCAGAAGAUAAGAGUGCCAAGAUGGAUUCUAUAGAAGACAAUCUAGUGACACCUCCGCUGAGCAAGGAGCGUUUUCCACAUAAUUUCCACCAGCCAAUGAGCCAUAGCAUUGCUGCUUGCAUGCUCUAUUCUUCUUCAGACUCACUGGAGCACCAUUCAGCCAGCUGCCAUCACCACUCCCAACAUCUUCUUCACCAUCAUUGUGAGCGACAUUGCUAUGGUUCAGGUGUCUUAGCUUCUACGCCGAAGCUAUCUAGUAUGAGCGGAGCUAAGACAGAGACCUCAUCAAUGGAUGCAUCAGUGAGAACUUGUUCAUCUCCAGAUGAUGCAGAUCGUUCUGGGGAGUUGUCAUCCUCAGUGAGCAAUGCAAGCGAUCUGGAAAGGGAAUGGAUUGAAGAGGACGUGCCUGGUGUUUACAUCACAAUUCGUGCUUUUCCAAAUGGCAUCAGGGAACUUCGUCGUGUUCGUUUCAGCCGCGAGAGGUUCAGUGAGAUGCAUGCAAGAUUGUGGUGGGAACAAAAUCGUAGAAGGAUACAUGAACAAUAUCUCUGAAACAAGCAACGAAGUUUGAUAUUACACAUAAAUUACACAAUACUUCUGUUGAACUGAAAUGUAAUCCCUCGGUUUUAACAAGUUGUGCUUAUCUUUGCUACUCUUCAAGUCUGCUCAAUGUUUGUUUUUUCUUUUCACUGUGCGUUAUGUUGUGUUGGGGGCUUUCAUAAUUGGAAUAUCAAAUUGUGGUUGUAGUUCAGUGUUAAAUAUCUCUUGUUUUGAUGAAGCCAAAAUAUAAAUUUUGGUUGUAGCAUUUAAGCACAAUUGAGGAGUAAAAUUGAUAGGGAUUUUGUUAA